AAUCCCGGGUGAUUCAGUACAAUGUUACGUGAACGUGUAUUCAUCAAUCACGCCACGAGUCACUCACAAUUGCCACCCAAAUGGCUGAGGAUGCAAUAAAGGCGGAAUCUGAGACGGACAAGAAGAUUCUCCAUGUGUAUCCAUUAGUGAAGCACUCAGACAUGAAUGAGGAGAUGAGAACGGAGGCCAUUGAGUUGUGUAUCACGGCGUGUGAGAAAUUCGCACAGAAUUACGAGCAAGCCGCCAAAUUGAUCAAAGAGACAAUGGACAAGAAGUUCGGCUCCUUCUGGCACGUUGUCGUCGGCGAGGGUUUUGGCUUUGAGCUGUCAUACGAGACGAAAAACAUUCUGUAUCUCUUCUUCGGCGGAAAUCUCGCCAUCAUCCUGUGGAAGUGUUCUUAAAAAACUGACAAAAACGAAAAAAAACAAAUAAACGAC